AGUUAGCGAUCGAAUGGAGAAGAGUGAACAUGUCGUUGUCGCCAUGGGAUUUGAACGCCAUCUCAUUUGAUUUUACUUUAUACAGGCCUAGAAGAGCAUCUUAUGUCUAUGCUACCCAAUUGCGUCAGAGGUCAGAGUCUUAUAGAUCCGCGACUAAAUCGGAUUCGACUGCUGCCUCUGGUGGUGAUUUCAUCGAAAAUUUCGUUCAGCAAAAGAGAAAGGAUUCUUACAAAAUAGCCAACGAACAUUACGAUUUAGAUGAAUUUUCGUCAGCCGUAUCUGGUGCGGCGACGCCGAUCACACCAAUGACGCCAAUGACGCCGCGUGGCUCUUCCGUAAAGAUUACCGUAGAAGAUACGAGUAAAGGGCACAACUGUAUUGAAACUACAAUUAAUGGUAAUGACACUCCGAUAAAUACGCCAACUACCAAGUCGGAAAAAGUGCACGACUUUGAAGAUGAUGUUGUAUUCGCCAUCAAAUGUCACUCAGGAGAACCUUUGCACAAGGAAUAUUGGUAUAAGAAAAAUCUUAUUAUUCUCUCGCUUAGUUUUAUUCUUGUAUUUUCGGCUUUUCGUUCAAUACAAAAUCUACAAUCAAGUUUGAAUAAAGAAUCCGAACUCGGUAUGAUAGCAAUGACAUGCAUUUAUACAUCGAUGUUUCUCACGUGUCUCUGCGCACCCGUCCUUAUAGGAAAACUUACGUCUAAAUGGACAAUUGUACUAGGAUUACUCUUCUACCUCUUUUGGACUGCUGCCAAUUUUUAUCCCCAUUUUUACACACUAAUACCUACUAGUAUAGGAGUUGGAUUCGGUCAAAGUUUGGCCUGGGGAGCGCAGGUUUCCUAUAUGGAAAAGCUUGCUUCCGACGCCGCUAUAGCCUCCAAAACUCUAACUCAAUCGGGAUUGUAUAGAUAUAAUGGAAUCUUUUUGGCAUGUUUUCAAACAUCACACAUUUGGGGAAAUUUAGUGUCUUCCAUUUUAUUGUCAUCUGAUCAAUUUAAACGUGUUAAAUCAUCGAAUCACACAGACACGGAAAGAAGUAGAGAUUGCGGAGUUUUCGAAGUUUGCGGAGAAUUGGCAUACAACUACAACUCAACUGAAUAUCAAGAUGACUCAUUAGCACCUCGAUCUAUGGUUAAAUUAAUGGCGUCCUUUCUCGUAUUCGUUUUCAUUGGCUUCGUUUUUAUUUUGUUCUUCUUGGAUAAAAUUGGCGCUAAAACGGAUCCGGAAAAGCCUUGUUUGCAGAUGGUAUGGAGUAAUCUACAGCAUUUGUUUGGUCACAAGAUUUACAGACUUCUUAUUCCAUUAUUGGUUUUCAACGGAUUCGAACAGGCGUUUGUCUACGCAGACUAUAACAGGAGUUAUAUAAACUGCGCUAUUGGUCCAGAAUGGAUUGGUUACAAUAUGAUUACUCUUGGAAUGUCUAAUUGUCUUUUUUCAUUUAUGGUUGGUAUAUCUGCAAAACAUCUUCCAAGAGAAGCCAUUGUCGGAAUUGGAGCUAUCCUAAACCUUUCACUUAUAGUCUUUCUUCUAGUCUGGAUUCCUGAUAAGAACCUGAAGCCAGUCUUUUUUAUCCUUAGCGCUCUUUGGGGGCUAUCUGAUGCUAUUUGGCAAACUCAGUGCAAUUGUUUAGUAAACAUUAGUUGCUCGGACAACCACCACGUCGCUUUUCAAAACUUUAGAAUGCUCCAGGGAUUCGGUGCCGCUCUAGCCUUCUUCCUCGGGGCUUUCUUGUGCGUUUCCGUUAAGCUAUACGUAAUAAUUACGCUUUUAUUAAUAUCUGUCUUAUUCUACGCUCUGGCCGAAAGGCAAUUAAGGAAGAAUGGUCUGUAGAAAAAUUUAGGAUAUUUCAAAAAACCAAGAACAUUAGCUUUUUUAUGAAAAGUUAAUAGAAGAGAGUAAUUUUUAUUAAUUAAUAUUAAAAUAAGAUCAUAAUUAAGGAAAACUAUAAAUGAUAACAUGUUUGUUUGUUUGUUUGUUUUGUUUGUUUUGUAAUAAUCUUAAGAUGGAAGAAAGAAAUAAAGAAAGAAAAAAAGAAGAGAAAAGAAUGACGAUAUUCAUUAUGAUUUGUUUAAUUAUUUUUUUAAAAUGAACGGUGUAGAUAAUAUAUUGAAAAUAAUAAGGAAAAG